CACAGCACUUCAUGUUGCUCUGCAUGAAAGAUCAUGUUCUUUUAAUACAGAUAUAUAUGUACAUGCUUAUCUUAUUGCUGAAAUUUAUUGCGAUCUAGUCCCUCAGCUCUCCAGGAAAUGUUGGUGUCUAGAAUCACUUCAAUCGUUUGGCCUCUAUUUCUCUUUCAUGGCUUCACAUACUGCUGGAGUUCAUUUGAUCUGCAGUCUAAGGGGCCACCCCAGGAGGGCACACUAAGACUGGUUGGGAGUGGCCAGCCCUCUGCAGGCCGUGUGGAGGUGUACCAUGAUGGGCAGUGGGGAACGGUUUGCGAUGAUGGCUGGGCCCAGGUUCAUGCUCAGGUGGUGUGUCGGCAGCUGGGAUUCCCUGGUGCUGCGUCUGCUACUAUAGGAGGGAUCAACGGGGAAGGCUCCGGUCCUAUUUGGCUUGAUGAUGUCAGCUGUAAAGGAUCUGAGAGCUCUUUGUCCGGCUGCCAUUUUAAGGGAUGGGGUGUAACUGACUGUUCCCAUAAAGAGGACGCAGGGGUAGUGUGUGAGAGUGGCAAAAGUGUUGACAGCGACCGAACGUUUUCAUUGGACCACAGCCUGGGACUGUCUGAAGGGCUGGGAACUCUUUUUGAGAGCCACGAGAGCUGCGAUUUCAACGUCACCGUCCACGACCCCAAUGAAAAGCAGGUCGGGCAGCAAGCAAUCUGCGUCCACAAGCUGAUCCUCUCUCUUUACCCUCAGCUCAACAUCACUGAAACAUCGAAAAACCUCUCUGUUGAGAUCAGCCACACCUGUCAUCCCCAGGUCUCUAGUUUCUUAAGGUAUCUGUACACACGCAAGAUCGACAUCACUGUCUUGUCAGCCCAGUGCAUUCACCAGCUGGCCUAUAUCUUUGAGUUUCAGGAGGUUCUAGAGGAGGUAGGCAGGGUCUUCACCCUGCUGCUUCCUCAGGACAGCACCUUCCAUACCCAGGUGUCCCUGUAUGAGUAUGGUGUCCGCACAGAGGACCUACAGCUGCAGGACAGCGUCUUGCAGUACCUGUCCUGGAAUUUUGAGCUCCUCACCAUCUCCCCGGCAUGGAAAAGCAUCUCUACACACAUGCUGGAGGCUCUGCUGUCUCGCUCAGACCUGGUAGUGAUGGAUGAGGCAUAUUUGCUUGUCACACUGGAGGACUGGAUUAAAGAGAAAGGAGACGCGGUUAGUCCGGAACAACACUUCACCUUUCUAAAUCAAAUCCGCUUUCCUAUGAUAUCGGUGGAAAAACUUUAUGACAUUCAAUUCAAAUCAGAUCUGUACCAGAGCAAUGAGGCAUUUUAUCAAGGAGCUAUACUAAAAGGCUUUCAGUUCAACACUCUGGCUUUCUCAACAACCAAGCAGCAUUUUAACCAGAGCGAAGCAUAUCUGCCUCGGAUCUAUACUGCAGCUCCUUGGAGCACAGUCAUCAAUUACACUUCCUCGUCCAAUUACAACUACAAAUACAAUUACUAUAGUAAUGACAGAAGCCAAAUGUUCACGACUCCUGUUCACAACAGUGUGAUCUUCAAGGAGAAAACAAUAAAUUGGCAAGCGCAGAUUUUUCUGCGCUCUGAGGAGUGCUCCAAUCAGGGUUUCCGCUGCAACUCUCUCCCUAUGGCUUGGCUACGUACCGUUAACAAUCCAUACUAUCCACCCUAUCUGAACACCGUUCGCUUUAGCAACCGGCUCAUUCUCACGUGCAAGGCUGAAAAUAUUGUGUUUCACGUCCAAGAUUUCAAAGAUGACAAGGCGAUAAUUCCAACCAACAGCACCAUGUUCCUGCCCAGUCCCUGCCCGGAUGACUACACCUUUACCUUUGUGGUGCGCCCAGAGUACAAGUGACCACGUCCUUUUGCACUUCUCUUGAAAUAGCUGCCAUCUUAAUUCCUACAAAAUAAAUCCUAGAACACUUGAUAUGUUGAUAGUCAUUUAGAUGACACUUUAAUUCCCUUUGAUUAUUUUUAUACAUGUCAUAAUCACAUUACUAACAAACUAAAACUUUGACUUGAACAAUAAUAAACAUGUUACAAAUUUCUUUGCAA